AUGUUCUCCAGGACGGCUCUUUCGAGAGGUGCCCAGCUGGCCACCUGCCGCCAAGCUUCCACCAAGCUUGCGCAGCGUCGUGGCUACGCUGCUGCAUCGUCAGCUCCCUCUUCGCAUACCUUCGAGACGUCCGAUGUUGCCGGCGUCAAGGUCGCGGCCAGAGACUCUCACGGCCCUACCACUCGCCUGGCCGUUGUUGCUAAGGCCGGAACAAGAUACCAGUCGGCUCCCGGUAACACCACGAAACGAUCCGCCCUACGAAUUACGCGAGAAAGCGAACUUCUCGGAGGUCAAUUGAACGCAUACCACACCAGGGAGGCUCUCGUCCUUGAGGCCAGCUUCCUGCGCGAGGACAUCCCCUACUUCACUGAGCUGCUGGCAGAGGUCAUCUCGCAGACCAAGUACACCACCUACGAGUUCCACGAGGACAUCGAGCGUGUGAUCCACCUGAAGCAGGCCAAGGUUGGCAGUGACGUUUCCGCUCUGGCUCUCGACGCAGCCCACUCCGUCGCAUUCCACACCGGUCUCGGCGCACCGCUGUACCCUUCGCCCUCGACUCCUCUCAAGAGCUACCUCGACGAACACAAGGUUGCCGCCUUCGCCGAGUCCGCUUACUCCAAGCCGAACAUUUCCCUUGUCGCCGACGGUGCCAGCACUGCCGCCCUCUCCAAGUGGUCCGAGCAGUUCUUCAAGUCUGUUCCUUCCUCGGGCUCCGCCCUCAACUCGGCCUCGACGACAUACUUUGGUGGUGAAUCGCGCAGUGCCCACACUGGUGGCAAUGCUCUGGUCAUUGCUUUCCCCGGCUCUAGCUUCAGCUCUUUCAAGCCUGAGGUUGCUGUCCUGGCUGCCCUUCUUGGUGGUCAGUCCAGCGUGAAGUGGACCCCUGGCUUCACCCUUCUCUCCAAGAUUGCUGCUACCUACCCAGGUACCACUGCUUUCGCCUCUAACCUUGCUUACUCCGACGCUGGUCUGUUCACCGUCCAGAUCUCUGGUAACGCUGGUGUCGUGCGCAGCACCGCUCAGGAGGCUGUCAAGGCCAUCAAGAGCGUCGUCGAGGGUGGCGUCAGCAAGGAGGACCUCACCAAGGCCAUUGCCAAGGCCAAGUUUGAUGCCCUGUCGAACAGCGAGGCCGGUGUCUCGACCAUCCUUUCGGCUGGUUCUGGCCUGGUUCACACUGGCAAGCCCUUCCAGAUUGCCGAGACGAUUAAGAGCCUGGAGGGUGUUACCGCCGAGAAGCUGAAGACUGCCGCAAAGGCACUGGUUGAUGGCAAGGCUUCCGUCGCCGCCGUUGGUGACUUGCACGCAUUGCCAUAUGCUGAGGAGCUUGGUCUGAAGGUAUAG